CCUGUCGUGCUGGGCCGUAGAGCUCUGGGUCGUUCGCUAUUGCAUCCUCCAUCUCAGCCAUGCUGCCUGGCAGUGGGGGCUCCUCGAUGCCGAGCUCCAGGUUGCGAUUGAGUUGGGGCAGCUCGAGCAGCAGUGUGUUGGUGCCUGGCAGCAUGAGCACGUCCUCUUCUGGGCGCCAUCUGCCCUCCGCUGCUUCGCCAGCGUCGUACUGGUCGUCUGCGUCGGCCCUCGGUGCGUUGCGAUGCACGUUCUCGAUGAGAUGGGCGCGGAGCGGGAGGGUCCCCUCAUCUCCUACGGCUUCCUCAGCUUGAAGCACCUCGAAGGCGAAGUGUGCGCGGCAUUGCGGGCAGCGGUGUCCGUCUCGGUGGGUGUAUGACCUCAGCAGGCAGCGGAUGCAUGUGUCCGGGUGGCAGGGGAGGCGGUGCAACGCGUCGCCGUGCAGCGGUUCCAGACAGACAUUGCAAAGUGCGCCGCCCUGAGUCUGUUGGCUCGGCUCGUCGGCUUCUUGGCCAUUGGCCGCGUCGCCCUGAGUCUGCUGGCUCGAUUCGUCGGCUUCUUGGCCAUUGGCUUCGUCGCCCUGAGUCUGCUGGCUCGGCUCCUCGGCUUCUUGGCCAUUGGCUUCUUGGAAGAGCUGCCUCACGUUCCCCGCAUAGCCGUCCCUGGCCUGUCUUGCUUCAGUGUCGCGGAGGUUGUACGGCAU